AUGGCACCCAAAGCAGCAAGCAAAGGAAGCAAGAAGGCGGUCAAGUCUAAAAGACCAGCCGGAGGAGACAAGAAACGCCGAAGGAAGAGGAGAGAAUCCUACAGCAUCUACGUGUACAAAGUCAUGAAGCAAGUGCACCCCGACACUGGAAUUUCCAGCAAGGCCAUGAGCAUCAUGAACAGCUUCGUCAACGACAUCUUCGAGCGUAUCGCCGGGGAAGCAUCUCGUCUCGCCCACUACAACAAGCGAUCCACCAUCACCAGCAGAGAGGUACAGACCGCCGUACGUCUCCUUUUGCCCGGUGAGUUGGCUAAGCACGCCGUCAGCGAGGGCACCAAAGCCGUCACCAAGUACACCAGCUCCAAA